UAACAUCUUUUGCGAGAGAAAUCCGUUGACCUUUAAGUCAUAAUAUAAAGCGAGCACGUCAAGUUAAUAUUUUCAGUACUGCGGUCACACUGACAGCUCGAUAAUUAAAACUUGGGUCGUACUGAAAAAAUAACAAUCGCGGUUGGCAUUGGCAAUGACUUAAGCGUUUGCGAAAUUUCGAAAAAGUGGCAAAAUGUUGACAGGAUGGCGGCUGCACGUCUCAAAACUUCAAUCUCUCCGUCAACACCAAAUUCCACUCCGGUUAUCAACCCUCACUUUCAGUAUUUCUCAUCCCUCAACGGUACGUCCUGGGCGUGAUGGGUUUCCUGGCCAUCGUGAACGCCUACACCAUGCGCGUCACCCUUUCCGUGGCCAUAACAGAAAUGGUCGAACCCAGCAAAGCAUCAACCCAUUACGACCCUGAUUCCUGUCCCGGUUCUCUCGCUAACACUUCAAGCGUUACGAACAGCGACAAGUUGUACCCAUGGACAAGCACCCAGCAGGGUUUAAUUCUGAGUUCCUUCUACUGGGGGUACGUAAUAACCCAUAUCCCGGGCGGUAUGAUCGCGGAACGUUUCGGGGGGAAGUACUCACUAGGUCUUGGGAUACUUUGCACUGCCAUUUUCACUUUCAUCACCCCUUUCGUUAUCUACGCCUCUGAUGGGCACUGGGGUUGGGUUGUUUUCGUGCGUGUUAUCGAGGGUUUGGGUGAAGGUACCACCUUCCCGGCACUUAACGUUUUGCUAGCUCAGUGGGUACCACUCCAUGAGCGUUCAAAAAUUGGUACUUUGGUGUUUGCCGGUUCGCAAAUUGGUACCGUUGCCGGAAAUGCCAUCAGUGGUGCUUUGAUUUCCGUAACGCAAGAUUGGGCGUCGGUGUUUUACGUUUUUGGGGCUUUGGCCAUUCUUUGGGUGUUCCUUUGGAUGGUACUGUGUUACCCUGACCCAGAAACGCACCCAUUUAUCAGCGACGAGGAAAAGGAGUACCUUCGCAAGCACAUAGCCCAUGUGACGCGGAAAAAACGCCAAGUACCAUGGUACUCCAUCAUGACCUCUGCCCCAGUUCUGGCCCUGAUUGCGGCCCAGAUUGGGCACGACUGGGGUUUCUUUACCAUGGUUACGGACUUGCCCAAGUACAUGAAAGACGUUCUUAAGUUCAACGUGGCCCAGAAUGGGGUCUGGUCGUCGGUACCAUACAUUUUCAUGUGGUUGGUUUCCAUGACUUCGGGCUGGGUGUGUGACCAUUUGGUGGCCAAACGCUAUCUGAGUGUGACUCUUGCCCGGAAAAUCUUCACAACCAUUGCAUCCAUGGGUCCGGCAAUUUUCAUAAUUGCGGCUUCUUAUUCUGGGUGCGAUCGCGACUUGGCCGUGGUCAUGUUCACCAUUGCCAUGAGUUUCAUGGGUUCGUUCUAUUGUGGUAUGAAGGUCAAUGCGUUGGACUUGGCACCCAAUUUUGCUGGUACUCUUAUGGCCAUCGUGAACGGAAUCGGGGCCAUCACCGGGAUCAUAGUACCAUAUCUGGUCGGCGCCUUAACCGAAGACCACACUUUGAUGCAAUGGAGGGUCGUUUUCUGGAUCGCGUUCGGCGUUUUUGCCGUCACCAACUUGAUUUUCGUCGUUUUUGCAAGCGGGGAAGUACAGAGCUGGAACGAGGACCUGACCGACCAGAAGGAAAUGGACUUGAGGAAGGAACAAAGUGCCGAAAAGGCGUGAUUUUGUGAUUUAUAGACUGCGAAUUGUGAUUAUUUAUUGUAACUUAAGUAAAAAAUAAAGUUUUUGAGAGA